AGAGAGAGAGAGAGAGAGAGGGGAAGAGCUUUCGGUAUUUCGUAGUUCAGUCCUUGUUCGCAUUACAGUUGGUUCGGUCCCGGCCCAAUCAAAGGGGAUCCGCAAAAAAUUACCCCUCCCCUCCCUCUCCAUCUCGAUCCGUGCGAAAUCAAAACGCAGUUUUAAUUUACUCUCUAGAAAGUUUCGUCACAGUAACGGAGGCUCAAAUCGAAAUCAAUACAUCAAAUCUAGGGUUUCACUUUCAGCAACUCCCUCGAAUCAUCGCAGACAAAAGCCAUUAACGCCAUUAAUGCUGGUCCCUCGAAGCUUUUUUUUAUUUAUUAACCAGACCCGACUAAACCUAGGGUUUCUGCUUCUCGGCCUCAUCUUAUGAGAGCAAUAAUGGCGGUUCUUGACCCUAAAAAGGCGAUCUACUCGGUAUCGAUCCCUAAAUCGCUGCUGCUGGGAUCGGUGCUGUUUGCUCUCGGUUUGAUUUCUUUGUUUACGGGUCACAUUGCGUCUGAUAUCGAGUGGGCGCAGCUUAGACGACGGUGGCAGCCGAGGAAUCGGGUAGUCUAUCGAGAACCGGUUGAUAUAUGGAAAUCGGAAGUUUCAAAUCUCUACUAUGGUUGUAGUGAUAGAGGCCCCAACUUCGGAACUGGUGCGCGUGAAAGCAGAUCUAACGGCUACUUACUGAUCGCAGCAAGCGGAGGACUGAACCAACAGAGAACAGGGAUUACAGAUGCUGUUGUUGUUGCUCGGAUUUUAAAUGCCACUCUUGUAAUCCCUGAGCUGGAUCAUGAUUCUUUCUGGAAAGAUAAAAGUGAAUUCGCCGACAUUUUUGAUGUGAACUGGUUUAUUUCGUCCCUUUCAAAAGAUGUAACUGUUGUUAAGAGGAUCCCAGAUAAAGUGAUGAGAUCAAUGGAGAAACCUCCAUACACUAUGCGGGUACCACGGAAAUCAACUCCAGAAUAUUAUCAUGAUUUUGCACUGCCGAUACUCCUGCGUAGACGUGCUUUGCAAUUGACAAAGUUCGAUUAUAGGCUUGCAAACACACUUGAUGAAGAGCUGCAGAAGUUACGAUGUCGUGUGAAUUAUCAUGCCUUAAGAUUUACGAAGCCUAUACAAUCACUUGGCCAAAAAUUGGUGAAGAAGAUGCGAAAGAUGAGUUCUCGCUUUAUAGCAAUUCACUUGAGGUUUGAACCUGACAUGCUGGCAUUUUCUGGCUGUUAUUAUGGUGGUGGUGAGAAAGAGCGUAAGGAACUGGGUGACAUUAGGAAGCGCUGGGCAACGUUACCUGAUUUGAGCGCGGAAGAUGAGCGUAGUCGAGGAAAAUGUCCAUUGACUCCAUUUGAAGUUGGUUUGAUGUUAAGAGCUCUUGGUUUUGGAAAUGAUACAUAUGUUUAUGUUGCAGCUGGAGAAAUAUAUGGUGGAGAAGAGACUUUAAAACCUCUUAGAGACCUCUUUCCACACUUAUACACCAAAGAAAUGCUUGCUGGAGAGAAUUUGACACCUUUUCUCUCCUACUCUUCUAGACUUGCUGCCAUUGACUAUAUUGUUUGUGAUGAAAGCGAUGUAUUUGCUACUAAUAACAAUGGGAACAUGGCCAAGAUUCUUGCUGGGCGGAGGAGGUACAUGGGGCACAAAAGGACAAUACGGCCAAACGCAAAAAAACUUAGCUCAUUAUUCAAGGCAAGAAACGUUACAGACUGGGGAACAUUUUCGAGGAAGGUGAAGGCAUGCCAGAGAGGUUUCAUGGGAGAACCCGAUGAAAUGAGACCAGGCCGUGGUGAAUUUCACGAGUUUCCAUAUUCUUGUGUAUGCCAAAAGCCAGCAGAACCAAAAGGUUUGGGUGAAGUCGGCAAUAAUGAUCAAAAAAGAUUGCACAGGCUAACAGAAUAGAAACUGAUCAAGGAUACUAAGCAAGCAUAUUGUUCUCCAUUCAAGUUCAAAUGGAGUGGAGAAGCAUUAAUUGGUUUUCUCCAAUCAAGCCAAUGAUGACAGUGUCAAGUUCACAAUGAAGCCAAAAUUUGCCUGUGAUUUUGAUGGCUGAAGUUGAUUGUGACAACUUAGCUCGACUAGGUUGGUCUUGGUUUUGAUGGCUCAUAAUUUUGCCUGUGCGUGCUGAUGUAGAAUUAAUGAAGGCGGUCUGGGUGGAACUUGGGUGAAAUGUGUUGCGCAUGUUCUGGUUGAAGUAAUGUAAUCUUAAGACGCUACGUUCUGAUUUGUUGCAGGUGAUUACUAAUCUUUGCCUGAUGGAGAGCCUCAAAGGAGGUUAGUUUGUUACCAGGCGUGUACAUCUUUAAGUAUGAUUAUCGUAUGUUUUGUUUCCCCGAUUUCAUCUCUGUGCAGAACUUUUGGCCAUUUCUCAAAUCUUUAAUAUUGUAUCUUUUCUA